AAAGCAGUUUGUCCGACCGACGUGCAAGUGACUAACACCAGCUAGUUAGCUAGCAAAGGCCCGAAUUUAGUAAUUUUAGCAUUAGACGAUGAAAGUAGGAAUAUACAAGAAGACAGCCUGUUUAUAGUCUGCAUCAAAGUUGUCGUAACGAUGAUUAUAGACAAUGUUGACGCUCUGAAGUCGUGGCUUGCGAAACUGUUGGAACCAAUUUGUGACGCUGACCCCUCUGCAUUGGCCAACUACGUGGUGGCUCUAGUGAAGAAAGACAAACCAGAGAAAGAGCUGAAAGCCCUCUGCGCUGACCAGCUGGAUGUAUUCCUUCAGCAAGAAACGGCAGGGUUUGUUGAUAAACUCUUUGAAAGUUUGGGGACAAAAAAUUAUAUUGCGAAGCCUCAGGUGAAACAAGAGUCAAAAGAGGAGCCCAAACCAGCUGUGCCGAAGUCUGAAGAGAAGAAAGACGAGAAGGAGAAAGAAAAGGGCAAGGAGGAAGAGGCCAAUCACGCAGAAGAUGCACGUGAAGUCAGAAGGAGGAGGAGUCCUCUGAGGAACCGCUCUGACUUUAACGAGUCGAGGAGUCGAGAUGAUCGGCGGCGCGGUGCAGACUGGAAGCGGCGAGACGUGGAGCGGCACGGGAAGGGUGGCGAGUCGUACCGUGAGCGACACGAGAGGCGGCGGGGGAGCUCGCGGGGACGCAGCCGGAGCAGGAGCCGCAGUCGCAGCCGGAGCCGCAGCAACAGUCGCAGCCGCAGUGGCAGCCGGGGACGCGGCCGAGGUACACACACAGGGAUGGAGCACUGGUCCAAAUUCGAGCAAGAGAGAAAGGAGCAGCAGGCUGCCUACAACCCCACACCUGCCCCUGGUGGCCAGGGCGCCAUGGGGAACCCCCCUCCUCCUCAUGCGCCCCCCUCCUACAUGAUGUCCAUGAAUCCCCCUCCUCACCAGUUCUCCUCCUCCAACGCCUCCUCUUCCUCUAGAGGCCCCCCGCCACCGUCGCAGCAGCCUGUCCCCCCCGGCACCAUCCCCAUGCCUACGACGGCUCGGCAGCCAGACAACGCCACCACGGAGAGCUGGUCCAGUUACUACCUGAGCAAGGACAAGGGCAAGACGCCAGACGGCAGCCCGCUCAAGAAGCAACGCUGCAGGGACUACGACGAGAAAGGCUUCUGCGUGUCCGGUGACCUCUGUCCGUUCGACCAUGGCAACGACCCGCUGAUCGUGGACGACGUCAUCCUGCCCACCAUGAUCCCGUUUCCGCCGCCUCCGCCGGGGAUGCCCCUCCCGCGCCUGCCCAUGCCCCCCAUGACCGAACCCCCGCCCGGCAUCCGCAUGCCCCCGCCGCAUCCGCCGCCACACGUACAGCCGCCCAUCCCGCCCAUCUUCCCCAUGCCUGGAGCACCACCCCUGAUGGCGGUCAGUGUGUCUGAGCCUCCUCCUCCUCAUCAUCCUCCUCCUCCUGGGAACUCCUCUUCCUCCUGUUCCUCCUCCUCCUCCUCUGUCCUGGCCCCUCCUGGAGUGGGACCUCCUGCUCCGGCCAGUGCUCCUCCUCCUCCUCCUCCUCCUCCCCCACCUCCUCCUCCUCCCCCUGCACCUUCUUCCUCCUCUGCUCUGCCUGUCCACCUUCAGUACUCUCUGUCUGAAUAUUCAUACGACUCAGAGGCGUACAACCCGGAGUCUCCAGGCCUGACGAGCCGGCCGCAGUACAGGCAGUUCAUCCCGCGCAUCCAGACGCAGAGGCCGUAUCUCAUCGGCCUCACCUCCAGCGAAGGCCAGGGAUCACGAGCUGCCAACAUCGUGAUCAAGACUGAGCCGUCGGUAACGAGUGCCUCCACCAGUGAGUCGUCAUGGUUCAGCUCGGACACGGAAAACCGGAAGAGGCCCAUGGGCUCCACAGAAGGUCCCCAGCACAAGAAGCCGUGGAUGGACAAGUCAAACUUUAAUUCUCAGCAUAAGCCCAGCUUCCCCAAGAAGAAUCAUUACGUCAACACCAAGCUGGAGGUGCGCAGGAUCCCCCGCGAGCUCAACAACAUCUCCAAGCUAAACGAGCACUUCAGCAAAUACGGCACGAUUGUAAAUAUUCAGGUAAUGUUUGGUGGCGAUGCGGACGCGGCGCUGAUCCAGUACACGUCCAACGAGGAGGCUCGCUCCGCCAUCUCCAGCACCGAGGCUGUGCUCAACAACCGCUUCAUCCGGGUGUACUGGCACCGGGAGCCCACUGGGGGGCAGCAGGAGCAGGGACAAGGCAGCAGCGCUGGUGGUGGUGGUGGUGGCGGUGUCGGCAGCAACAGCCAAGCCACUGGUGUUGGCACGCAGCACACAACCACGCACAAGCAACAUAACCCAGGGGCGUAUGUGCUGAAUAACACCUUCCACAAACCCCGGGCAGAGAUGCCCACAGCCAGCCAGGGGCUCCCCGACCCCAAGGCCACUAGCCCAGAGCUGCCAAUGGCUGCGACCGGAAGUCACCUGAAAGGGCCGUACACGCGCACAGUUCUCAAGCCGUCCUCCAAGUCCUUCGGGAAGACCGGCAAAGCACUUCAGGCCCAGGAGGUCAUGAAGAAGAAACAGGAAGCGAUGAAGUUACAGCAGGGCAUGAGGAAAAAGAAACAAGAGAUUCUGGAGAAGCAGAUUGAGUGCCAGAAGGUGCUGAUUGCGCGGCUGGAGACCAACAGGACUAUGAAGCCAGAAGAGCGGGCCAGCAUCAUUAAGACGCUCAACGGGCUGUCGACGAUGAUCACGGCUCUGCAGACUGAGAUCGUGGCCCUGCAGAGACCGACGGGCACAGCGCCGCCACCGGCCAUCAACAGCAGCAGCAUCAGCAGCAAUAGCAGCAAUAGCACUACCAACAGCAGCCAGCCCAAGAAUAAGACUGAUGCCCAGAAGGAACUGCUGGAUGCGGAGCUGGACAUCCACAUGAAGCUGAACUCCGGAGAGGACACGGCCACGCUCAAGAGGAAACUGGCCGAGCUGCACGCAGAGGCGACUCGUAUCGGACUUAUCCCGGCCACAGCCUCAACGACCAGUACUUCGUCUAUGUCUACGGCCACGGUAAUGGCUAUGGCUACGGCGCGACCACUACCACUGGCGGCUGCGAUAGCUGUUCCCCCCAGCGGCCGCGGCCGGGGCAUGAGGGGCCGAGGCAGGGGCCGCGGAGGGGGCCGGGGAGGGGGCAACCACAUGGUGGUGGACCAUCGCCCGAAAGCUCUACUCAUCAACGGAGUCACCACCGAGGAGAAGGAGGAACUCCGACCACACUUCAUGAAAUUCGGGGAAGUGGAAGAUGUCCGAGAUCAGGAUACAACCAGUGUUGUCAUGUCCUUCAAAACGCGGAGCGAGGCAGAGAAUGCUGCCAAUCAAGGAGCCAAGUUCAAGGGCCGGUUUCUGGAGAUCGCCUGGUACACACCCACAAAACAGCCGUCCGUAUCAUCUGAGCCAUCAGAGGAAGACUCGAAGGAAGAAACGACUAAAACGGAACACGUCAGCUCUUCCCUGCUCGCUGAAGAUGAUGAUGAUGAGGAGGAGGAGGAAGAAGAGGAUGACGAUGAUGACGACGAAGAUGGGAAAGGCCGCUCCUGGAGAAGAUGGAAUAAAUAAAAUUCAUCUUCAUCUGCCGUUUUUUUUUUAUUAUUAAAAAACACAAUCUUUUAAUUUAAGUUUUUAUGUCAGGUGGGCAGGGAGGGGUUUGGAUACUAAUGGAUGUCAAUCAAAGGAGUCCAUACACACACACACACACACACACACACACACACACACACACUUACUUGUGUCUAAAUCAGUAUUCUUUGAUUGAAGGAAAACCCUCUUUUACUGAGGGUCUAGGAAUUUUUCCACCUUAAGUGCAAAACAACCUAGUUGUGACGUGUGUGGACAACCUAUCAUUUCAGUUGUGAUAAACAGGGAUUUUUUUGGACAAAAACUGCUCUUUUGGUUACUAUGCAGUGGCCCUAAGCUCUAGAUUUGUGACUCGAAACAGAUACCCCCUCUUUCUCUUUUCUUUAAUGUGGACGUGCUCCCCCGGUCAUUUAUCCCAACAUUGAGUUGACAGGUGAGCAUGCCCCCUAACACAUUUGUUAGCUUUGGAAGUCCAACUAUAACGAAGAGCAUUGAUGAUAAUCAGGUCAAAUUUGGAUUGCUUCUCAAUAGCAAAUACUUGCACACCCUCCACCCUUCCAAUUUUCUUUUUUUUCAUUUCAGUUAAGCCCUUGCGCCACUAUGUGUAAAUAUGGUAUCCAUGGUAACCAAGGCACAGUAGCCUAUAAGCAGUGAUGUAAAAGUGUUUAAAUGAAAUCCCUAACUUGCGGUCUUGUCAUCCCAUACCAAAGACAUCUUUGGAGCAGGAUGGGUUUGUACUUAUUUGUUUUCAAAAUGUGUUGACUGUAUAGUGCCGUUUCGAAUGUAUGGGUUUUUGGUUUUACAUGUUUUUUUGUCGCCUUACAUUAUAUCAGCUGACUGCUGGAUUUGUACAAGA